GGUUGGAAUUUAAUUAGAUAUCUUUAUUUAGCGAUGGCUGAGAAGUGUGGAUCAGAGAAAGCUUCAAGCUCUUCACCGAACCUGAUAUGUCCAUUAUGCCUUGAUAUAUUUGUCGAGGCGACAAUCCUGACUUCAUGUGGACACACAUUUUGUAGGCGAUGCCUCAAGAAAUACGAUCUAACCCACCAGGAUCUUGAUCACAUGGUCUGUCCUCUAUGCAGGGAGAUCACCAAGUUGUCUGCCAACCGUGUCGAUGAUCUCCGCCUCAAUGUCUCCAUCAACGGAUGCGUAGACGAUUACCACGUCAAGUGUGGUGGGAUGAACGCUGUCCUCGAGAUGCGACAAAAAUGUUCUGGUUGCAAGCUUCAAGGAGAUGCUGUCUCAUUCUGCAGAACAUGUAAUAACUACAUAUGUGAUAAAUGUUUGCAAUGUCAUCAAUAUCUGUCAGUCUUUGAAGAUCAUGAGAUUUUCUCCAUGGAUGAUGUCAUCGAAGGGAAGGUCAGCAUUGGUCAUUUAUUCGAGAAGUGUUCCAUCCACAAACUUGAGAACAAGGAUAUGUAUUGUGAGGAUUGUAAGGUCCAAGUCUGUCACAAGUGUGUACUUGUUGGUCAUAAAGCUCAUGAAAUCAAGAACCAGGUUGACUUUGAACAAGAGUUGCGAUGGAAGGUGGAAGACCUUGCCCAACGAUGUGCUGACAAGAAAACAGAGCUGGAAAAGAACAUUCAAAACAUAGAAAUACAACGUCAUGAGGUACACACUGCAGUGCAGACACUACUAGAUGAUGUCAGGCAGGCUUACACCAUCAAGGCCAAGGAGCUGGAAGAAAAUCUUCGAAAUCUCACCGACCAAAUAAAUGCCUUAAAGCAUAGUUUUGAUGACGACCUCAAUGUCUUGAAGUCAAAAGAUCGUCAGAGGAUCAAGAGUAUUUGUAGUUCAAUUACUUUGGUAGAUAAUGACAGACUGAGUCAUCUUGAGACAGACACUCUAUCUGCUCAUAUCUUGCUCUGUGAGGAACUAGAUGCCAUGCUGAAGGAGGCUACCGAUCACACUUCUGCGUCAGCAAUUACGAAGAAAGCAAAGGGGAAGAGGUUCAAGCCAGCAGAUGAUACUCGUCUUGACCUCGGGAGCAUCUCAGGAUCAGAUCCCAAGAUGGAAGUCAUUCAGUGUGUUAAUCUACGGUCAUAUAUGUUCGGAAUGACACGGUACUCACACGACAGUGUGGGUAUCGCAUAUGGGUGGACUGCACAAGGUAUUGAUAUCAUUGAUUCAAAUGGUGGUAGGCAGCAGUAUAGUAACAUACCCAAUGACGGGAAAUAUAAUGGUCUUGUCUAUCAACAAGACGGAUCUUUAUGCGUAUCGAUUUACGACACUAAUGAAGCGUACAUGUAUUCCCCCCUUGGUUCCAAGAAGGCAACAAUCCAGAUGAGAGACAAUACUAAUGGUCUUAAUGUAAACAGAAGUCAAUCAGAUGAAAUCAUCAUUACUAACAAUACAAGACAAGUCUAUAUCUCUGACCCGACAGGAUCCACUCUUAAACACAUUGUUCAAACAAAGCACAAGACGUGGCAGGCAUCUAUUACCAGGACGGGUUUGGUCGUCACGAGUUCAUGUUGGGACGAUCCAAGCGUGGUGACGGUCUAUGACAGGGAUGGGAAUGCUGGUGAGUCUCUACAAGCUCCAGAUGAUGUCUACCUGUAUGCUGCCGUUGAUGAGCAGGACAGGGUGUAUGUAGCGAGUGUUGAUUGGCAGAAUAGGAAGGUGGUGAUCAGACUCUAUGAUCUUGAUGGUCUGAACCUGAAGGAAAGAGUUGUGUUCAAUACAUUUGAUAUGACAUUGAAAGGUUAUUGGUGUUACUUGGUCUCCCUCUCCCCAGACAUGCUCGCCUUUGCUUGUCACAAUAUGUUAUAUUUCAUCAAGGUAUCACUGUAAUCCAGAUAAUCUCAACCAUGCACCUACUACAAU